GCCAAUCGCCAAUGUCUCCUUCAAUAUUUUAGACACAUCGUACAUUAUGGUCUGCCUGACCAAUCAGUUGUUUGUUGUUUUCGUUUGCGAUAUAUUUAUGUGCGUGCGUGCUGAAAUUGUGUUUUUAUUUGGAAAGUAGAUAAUAUUACGUCUGUUUAACAGAUUCUGUUAUCUGUGGUUUGCCUUUUGAUUUUUUUGCAUUUCUGAAUUUAUAUUAAAAAAACCCUUUGAUUUACCCCGUUCCCUAGAUAUCGAUGUAUCAUAUUUACGCGCGGAUAAUCUAUCACAAUAGCAAUUUUGUAUCUUUAAAAUGAUUCGAUGAACAUGGCAUUUCCCUAUGUAAAGGUUAUAUUUGAAAUUGGUCAUGAGGCGUCUGUUAGAAAUAAAAGAACACCAGAAGGCUUCACUCAUGACUGGGAAUUAUUUGUUCGAGGUGCAGACAAUACAGACAUUCAUUAUUUUGUUGAUAAAGUUGUUUUCAAUUUACAUGAUACGUUCCCUAAUCCCAAACGAGUUGUUAAAGAGCCACCUUAUGUCGUAAAAGAAUCUGGAUAUGCUGGUUUUCCAUUACCUAUUGACAUAUAUGUCCGGAAUAAAGAUGAACCUAGAAAAAUUCGUUUUAAUUAUGAGCUAAUACUUAAUGAGCGAGGAUCACCACCUAUAUUUAAAGUCAUCAGAGAAAAAUAUAUAUUCAGCCCUUCUGAAGAUUUUAGACGAAAACUGAUUAAGGGUGGAGGAAUAAGUGUUUUGUCCCAUGAUGGUACUGAAAUAAAAAAUUCUUCAAAUUCUGCUGUAUCCAAAUCUAAAUCUUCUACGAAUAUAAGUCGUCUGCCAUCUCCACCACCAAAAAAACAUAAAAAAGAAGACAUGAAAUUAAAUAACACAUUUGCUACAUUAUUUGGGUCUCCUAUUCAGCCUUCAAAGUUACCUCUGACUACAUCAAAAUCAACAUCACAAAAAUCAUCUACCUCAUCAGAAAAAUCUCAACAAAAAUUAAAAAGUAGUCCGCACCACAAAGAAGAAAAAAAAGAUAAAGAAAAAGAUAAAGAAAAAAAGAAAUCUAAAGAGUUGUCUGUUGAUAAAGUAAAAAAGGAUAAAGACAAAAAGGAGAAAGAAAAAUCAAAAGAUAGCUCUGAAAAAUCUAAAUCUUUAAAAAUUAGUAGUUCUAAAACAGAGAAAAAAGAAUCUACACAUCAUGAAAAAGUAAAAGAAAAAAAUAAUGAUACUAAAAUUGAUAAAAAAGAUUUAAAAGAUAAAGUAAAGCGCGAUGACAAAAUAAAAGAAAAAAUAAAAGAAAAAUCUCAUAAAGAUGAAAAAUCUUAUCAUGAGUCUAAAAUUAUUUCUAAACAAGAUGUUAAAUUAGAUUAUUCAGAAGAAAAAAAGAAACAUAAAAGUUCACCAGAUUCAUUAAAAGUAAAAUCUGAUAAAAAAAUUGAAAAGGUAGAAAAGUUAUCUAAACCUCAUAAAAGUCAUAAAGAACAUAAAAAGAAGGACAAAAGAGAUAAAGAAGAAAAAGAAAAGAAAAAAGAAGAAAAAACAGUUUUUAAUGAGCAAGAAUCGUUUAAACAUGCAGAAAUUUUAAAUCAACAAAACUCCUCUUUAGAUGAUUUUACCAAAACAAAAGAAGAGCACCCUGAAAAUUCACCCCUUAAAGCAAAUUCUUCAAGAAUCCAUGAUUCAGAUACUGAAGAAGGAUUUUUAUCCGAAGACAGUGAAUCUUACCAACAACCAGAAUUACCAAAAUCCAAAGACCUUCACAAAAAGAAACUUUCCCCGGAAAAUAGUUUUAUUAAAAAGAAGAAAAGAAAAAAGAAAGAGCGUGAAAUAGAAGAACCCAGACCUAAAUUAAGUCGAACUGAAAUUCCUGAUGAAAUGAGAGAAACAUGCUCAGAUAUUUCAAGAUCUCCAUCUCCUUCUCCCAGUAAUAAUAAAUUUACAGAUGAAUACAUAAAUUCAUUGAAAAAUCUUCAGCACAAAAUUAUGAUGCUGGAAGAUGAAGACUUACAACGGGUUGUAACUGUAAUAGCUGAAACAGGUCAUUAUGAAAUAACAACUAAAACUUUUGAUUUCGACCUCUGUGCAUUAAAUGAGACUACAGUUAAAAAAUUACAAGAACUUAUCACUUAAAUAGUAAAGGUAUAUUUAUUCAUAUAUUAUGUUUUGUUAAAUGUAAUUAUUUAUUUGUUUAAAUCUCAUUUUCUAAAAAGUAAAUAAUAACUAGUUUAUUAUUACUGAUAUAUUCAUUAACUUGUGUAAUAAUGUAUAAUGUACUAUGUAAAUAAUGAAUGUGUAUUUUAGUGUUGCUUAUUAUUGUUGCCCAAAUCCCUGUUAAGGACUUUAAUUUUUGAUUUGUGUGAAUUUUAUUUUAAACUUCUCUUAUAAUUUAGUUAAAUUUGCUUGUAGUAGACAAUUAUAUAUAUAUAUAUAUAUAUAUAUACAUAUAUAUAUAUAUAUAUAUUGUACAGAAUUUAAAAUGCUUAACUAUCAACUUUAAUUGUAUAUAAUUACUGGGUUCACAUUUGCCAAAGGGCCCUAAUUUGGUUGUUUAGUAUUACUAUACAUAAUUUUAUUUG